AUGGUAGUAUAUAUGUUCGGUGGUCUCCUGAUCCCAGACACGUGCACUCUACCUGCCGGUGGCAGCGACGAGACUCGAUUUUGGGUUGGGGUCUGCAUCAAUAUAGUUUUGGGUUUCUUCCUGAAGCUCACCGCGUGCGCGAUUCAGCAGAAGUUAAUCGGGUCACGCCUGGGUAAGCACAUCAGGAUCAGGCAGAUCUGCGGUGUUCACACAUCACAGAUGCGAACAGUUGAGUCUGUGCUGAGAAAGCCAGGCCUUUCUGUGGGGAAGGUUGCGAUCUUGUGUGGAGGGCCUGAUUGGCCAGUGUCGGUGCUUUGCGGUAUCUUGGACUUGCCUCUUUUGCAAUGCGAGCUUGGGACCACGCCGAUCAUCUUUUACAUCAUACCAUGUGGUCUAUGUGGAUCGAUGUAUCUUCGGGCCGGCGACGGCGCCGAGUGGGAGGCAGCGGCCAGCGCGAUGGUCUUCACGACGACCCUCAUGACAGGGCUGCUGUGGGUGGUCAUGGCCUGGGCGGUGCAGCGAGAAUGGGAGCAGAAGGGCGAGGAGCUCGGGAAGCCGUUGCGCCAGCAUGCAGACCUCUGGUUCUUGGACCACAGGGCAGAGAUGCUCAGGCGGAAGUGCGCGGUGGCCUGGGGCGAGCUUCCCCGCAUCCUGCGCAACUGCUUCGCUUUCGGGGCCUUCGUCCAGAUCGUGGUGAACCACUGCUUCUUCUGGGCCUACAGCUACCUGUUCGGUGACUUUACGGUGAGUGAGGAUUGGGGAAACAUCCACUGGGUUGCCAACGCGAUCGACGGAUGUGGCUGCUACACGCCGGGCGGUACAGCGGAGCGCGGCCACUGCGUCUUCGCGCUGGCCGGCAUAUCGCUGACGCUCGCCUACUGUGCCGCCUGGCUGCCGUACGAGGCCCUGCGCUGGCACUGGAAGGGGCGGAACGCCAAGGAGGCGAUCGACCAGGAGUUCGACGAGGCGUACCAGAGGCUGUGGUCCGAGGCCUUCUUCCGCGCGGGGGCCGCCGCGGGCGCGGAGGCCGGCGCAGCUGCCGCGGGCCUUGCCAGGGCAGCGGGCCUCCGGGCGCGGGCCGCGCGGCAGCUGCGCGGCGCCGCGCGGGCGGGCGCGCUGCGCCCCGCGGUGCGGGCGGCGCUCGAGGGACACUGCUGCCAGAUGCACUGGCAGCGCCUGGUGCCGUGUUGGCCUGCACUGGCAGCGCCCACGUGA